UUCAGUUUGUCCUACACUGUUUAGUUUGAGUACAUGGUUGUAGUAGAGUAAGGCGCUGUGCUUAUACUUUGCAACAUAGAAGUCUCUUUUAUCAGAACAUCUUUUGAAUCUUUUUGGACACUUGGACAUGAAGGCAUUCAAGGUCCUGCUAGUUUUUCUCCUGACUGCUGCAACCACUGACAGUCAGUCUCUCCACCCUGGCAAAUGUCCCCAGCCAUCUGUACAAGAGGAUUUCGAUGUAACAAAGUAUAUGGGCACCUGGUAUGAAAUCGAGAAGCUCCCAGCUGCGUUUGAAAGAGGGAAAUGUAACCAAGCCACAUACAGUCUGCUCGCUGAUGGGACGGUCAAAGUUCGCAAUGCUGAGAUGCUGUCUAAUGGGAAGAAAAAUACAAUCGAGGGUGUGGCCAAAGUUAAAAAUGCAUCGAAACCUGCUAUUCUGGGUGUCAGCUUCUUUAAAGGUGUUCCAGAUGGGCCCUACUGGGUACUCUCAACGGACUACCAGUCAUAUUCUCUGGUGUACUCUUGUACUGACUACUUCCUUUUCCACGUGGACUUCGCCUGGAUCCUGGCUCGCUCUCGGGGGUUGACUGAGGACGUCAUGAGCCGGUUACAUGAUAAGCUGACUUCUGCCGGUGUAAACAUAAACCGCCUUACAGUCAGUGAUCAGACCGAUUGUGACCAGAACAGAGCCAAGAGGAAUGACAGACCCAUCAUUGGAGUACUGGCUCAAGAUAUUCGCUCUCCAAAACCAAAUCGAACGGCUUACCUUGCUGCCUCUUAUGUCAAGUCCCUGGAGUCAGCAGGAGCGAGGGUUGUGCCCAUCAUGAUUAACCAGACACUGGAGGAGUAUAAGAAACUUUUCAACUCCAUUAAUGGGAUCCUUUACCCAGGAGGAAGUGCUAACAUCAUGGAUUCUGGUUAUCAAAGAUCUGCAUCAAUCUUUUAUGAACUUGCUAUUGAGGCAAAUAAGAGAGGCGAUUAUUUUCCUGUUUGGGGCACCUGUCUUGGAUAUGAGCAGCUGACUGUUUUGACGAGUGGAAAGAACUUACUGUCACCAACCAAUGCAACUGGCGUGCCAUUAAAUCUGAACUUCAUUAAUGAAGCCAAAGACAGCCGGAUGUUUAAAGGCGUCCCAGCUGAACUAAUUGAAGAUCUGGCUUCUGAGCCGCUGACAGCAAACAAUCACAAGUGGAGUGUGUCUUUGUUGACUCAUAACACAAAUGAGGAGCUGAAAAACUUUUACAAAGUUAUCUCCACAAGUACAGAUGGAAAUAUAGAGUUUGUGUCAACGGUGGAAGCAUAUGAUUACCCAAUUUAUGGGACACAGUGGCAUCCAGAGAAAAAUGCAUUCGAGUGGACGAGGUCUUACAUCCCACACUCUCCAUCAGCAGUCAAGACCACCUUCUACAUGGCUGAUUUUUUUGUCAGUGAAGCCAGGAAGAACUUUCACAGAUUUGAAUCUGAGGAGGAAGAGAGCAAAGCCCUGAUUUACAACUACCAGCCUGUUUACGCUGGGCCUAAUAGUAGCUUUGUGCAAAGAUAUUACUUUUGAUGUCGCUUUUUUUUUUCAACAGCUAACUGGCUGUUUGUUAAUUGUGUAACUAUUAAAUGUUUGCAGAUAAUUGCCGUUGAGAAGCAAUUCAAA